AUGCUGGGCAAGUUGUUCAACCUGGGUGCUGCCCCGGGUGCCUCGAACCAGGCCCAGGCUUCUGCGUCUAAACAGGUCUCGUCUCUGGAAUCCGUACAGGAGGAUAUCCAUACCCGUUCUCUCUUAUUCCCAGAUGCCCAGACUCUGUACCAGCACCAGAAUGACCAGGUCUUCCCCAUGUCCAGCGCCUCUGCGCUACCCAUGUCGACCUCAGUCGCCAACCCGUACGAUCUCGACGGAGACCUUGAGAUCGAGGGCCGUGACGUUCGUGUCAUCAUAAUGCAGGACACCUCAAGCUCGUCUCCGGCCUCUCUGCUGUAUGACAGCCAGCGCCCCCAGAUGCCUCAGGAGCAGUCACCGACCGAGCGGCCCCAGACCAUGGCUGGCCUAUCCCAAGCCCUGCCACAGGACGCUCGGCGGUUCCCGUCUUCACAACGCAAGACGAGCACCGGCCAGUCCUCCAAGCCUGUUGUCAUUCAGCCUGGAAGCCCUCAGCCACGCCAGAGCGCGUUCGAUAGGAGGGCCUCCAUGCAUAGCCGCACUCAGAGCAAGGCUGAGACAGAGUCGCAGAAGGCCAUGAGGGAGUACAAACAGGAGAUCGACACAUUUGCCGGCUGCAUCUUUGGUAACAACGAGUUCCUGGCCUACAAGGGCACUUCGACCAAAGUCCACGUCGUACCGUCGGAUUUACGAAAUGAUGUCCCGAGCUCGGGCUUCGGGGACGGGAGAGGGUCUAUUGGCAGGUCUGCUACGAGAACGAGCAAGCUGUCUCAGUCUUUUUCGUCUGAGUCGGUGCCUCCGUUCAAGCAAUCUGUCUCUUCGCCGCUACCUCGUUCCUCAGACCGGAAGAGGGUCCUCAUCACACGGCUCUUUCCUGUCAGCAUUCCUGCGGACGAUACCCUGACAGGCACUCCCAAGGGACGCUUCACCGAGGAAAGCUCAGGGUUUCCGUUUCCUCAGGCCAGUGAUGAGGCAAAGGCAAAGGCCAAGAAGGCACAGCUAAAGCAAAAGAGAACACCAAUGUAUGCGGUGGCUCUCAUCAUCAGCCUGCCGCCAGGCGUGCCUCAAACUGCUCCUGCCAGCGCAUCACGAUCGGCAUUCCGUGGACCGAGCUCCUACAACGAGCAGCAGGACUCAUUCCCAUCGUCUUACAAUUCUGCACGUCGCUCUGGCUGGGCAGCUACUGGGUCAAACUUUGGCGCCUUCGAUGCUUUUGACUCGGGCUUUAACAUGGACUCAGAAGAACGCAUCGAUGCCAUCACACGACAUUGGGAUGUCAUUAUGCGCAGCCUCACGUCUCUGCAAUCCACCGUCGCGACUGAGCUAUUCACAUUACUGAAGCAAGCAGACAUAUCGUCGCCGAACCCUGUACCAAAUUCAGUCUCAAGUCACGUCUCCCGAGUACCUUCUAACGCCAGCCAAAAGCCGCCCAAGACAAACACCAAGUUCAUUUCUCUCCUCCCCAAUUGCCUGGCAGCUGAUAAGCUGGUCAAGUCGGAGGUGGACGCUGCGAGAGCUCGAAUUGUGUCUGGUCUACGGGCAACCAGAGUCGUGACCGGCCAAAAUCGGUGGGGAAUCUGGCGCGAGGAGGCUCGGUGGGUGGAGAGGUGGGCUGGUGGACGGGAUCAAGGCUUCUUCUUCUUCAACCUCCUCACGGGAUUCCUCUCGGUCCACACGGACUGGUUGCAGGCUUUGAGCCCUUCCAAAUACCGCAGACAGUUCUCGGCUCUGCAAAGGCUGAAGGGCGACGAUGAUCUUUCGCUGCCAGCUCGGACCAUCGUCGUCUCGCAAGACCGGGUGGCUGCGAGAAGGCUCAUCUUCCUGCUUUCUGCUUUUCUGCCCGCCAACCAGCAAAUGUCGUCCAUGCGAACGCAGCGGCCACAAACCUCGGCUUCGUUCGGGGGCUUUUCACAAUCCCCGCCAUCUUUCAUCAUCCCUCUAACGAAGGAGGAAUCCUUGCGUCGCAAGAUCAAUCGUCGCGGUGCCUCGCGGCACGCUUCACACUCUCGCACUACGAGCACGUACACUACCAGCGCGAAAGGGUCUGUGCCAGCGCACCUUGCCCACCUCAGCAUGGAGAGUCAGCAUGGGCGGAGGGCCUCGGAUGCCGCGUCCAUCAGGACGAGCUUGCCUCUUCACGGUAGUGACACGGAUAGCCGGAAGGCUAGCGCCGCUACAACAGCGACCGUCACGCAGGAGAACAGUACUAUCGUCCCACAUUUUGCUACCCAGAAUACGGAGUCUCAUACUUAUGGACAUCCAGAUGGCAGUAUGGCAGCCAACGACCUGAAGCGCUCUCUAAAGCGAGGAGACAGCAUGGGCAGUUCGGAUACCCAGACGAGCUCACGCUGGGGAAGUGUGAUCAGCGGCUUAUGGACCACGCGGCGGAGGGAGUCUUCACUUAGCACAGCGCCGAACCGAGACUCACCGGGCAGCCGAGACAGCAUGCCCGUGUCGCCGAGGAAGCCGGUCUCGAACCGAAGGAAUUCCCUUGGGAGGAUGGUGGAGGAGGCUGCAUCUUUGGAUGCCAUGUCGCAAGCCAGAAAUAGGGAUUCGUCCAAAGGGAAAGACGCCGAAUCACCGCAGACGCCGGACGCUGAACAGGAGAUCGGGCAAAAGUCCCGAGCACCGAUCCCAAUGGAAAGGAAGCCGGAUCCAAGUGGGGCUUUUGAGUCGCCGGUCAAGACAACGAUCAACCCCGAGGACGGUGUCAUCGAUGUCGACGUCCCAUUUCCGGACUUCAUCGCCUCCUUUGAAACAGCUGUGAGUUCGCCGUCGAGUAGUGGCUACUUGUCAACACCGGGUCUCAGCGGCCUGGAGCUGUUCGAGCAAGCGUGCCGAGUUGCUUUCGACGGAGACGUGCCGAUGAACGUGGCGGGAUGGCUCCAGCGGUAUCAUCCGGACUUCAUAUUGCAGGCCAUUCCACCCCAGAACGAUCUCCUCGAGCAGGUGAAAGCGUCGCUUAGGGCUGAGCCAACCCCAUAUUCGGCUGCACUGAUGGAAGGGUCAGAAGAGAGGUGGGUGGACGUCAGCUCAGCCCUCAUCGCAGACAGCACGGACUUCUCGAUCCGUCGCAUACGCUACCGUCGCCUCGUCAGACCCAAGGCUGCCGCCGAGAGGACAACGCCGUUGCUCUCGUCAUCUGUCAACACAAUGAGCUCGAUCAACAUGACACCACUGAUCUCGCCAUAUGAGCAGCACCUGCAGGAGGAAUUCAUCGAGGAGCCAAUCGUCACGCUAGACGACACCUUGAUCGAGGCGGUCGAGCGGGUGAUUGCCCACGGCAGCGACAUCAGCAAGGACAGCUCGCAGUGCUCGUCACGAUCGACGAGCAAGAGGAGGGAAAGCUUUGCUGAUCUCCUUGCUGCCGCCGCGGCGAGCACCACGACGUCCGCUGUUGGCCUGGCUUCUGAGGCGGAAGAGCCCCAGGUCGCCCAGCCGCGGAAGGGCUCACCUCAGCAGGGUGAAGUACCUCGGGGAGAGUGCAAGACGGUGGUGCUAUCCGCACUGGAGAACAUUGCCAGAGAUGUCACUCAGAAGAAGAGCGACAGGGAAGACCUGGGACGUGCUACUGGUGGCCCUCGAAGUCGCGAGAAGGAGAGCGUGCUGAGAGAAGCGGUGCGCUCGUGGGUUGAAGGUGUCGAAGCUAGCAUAGAAGCGGCACAGUAG